AGUUUUGACCGUGUUUGUUGUGGAGAACAUGUUUAGAUCCUGCUUUGUUGUUCUCCAGCCCAACUGUUGAAAAGUUACUGGCAUCUUCCUCAGCCAAUAGGAGCACAGCGCUGUGAGCGUUCGCAUGCCACCCAGCCAAUAGGCGCGCAGUGGGCGGGGCUUCGUUCCCGGCUAACGUAAGCGUUGUUUGUCGGAAGAAGAAGCCGAUUCUGGAAGCCAUUACGCUGCGCUCAGAAAGUGAGCAAAUCGUACUAUUUUUGCGUACAUUACGCAGGCUUACCUCCGCCAGGAGCUGCUCCCGCAGGUAUGGCUUCGGCCGCCAAGAAGAGGAAGAUGAAUUUCUCGGAGCGGGAGGUGGAAAUCAUCGUGGAGGAAAUAGAGAAGCAGAAGCAGACUCUGGUGAGCCACUUCAACGCGGGAGUCACGCACAUGGCCAAGAACAACGCCUGGAUGGACAUCCUGAAGAAGGUGAACGCCGUCACCACCUGCCCGCGCGAGCUGCCCGAGGUCAAGAAGAAGUGGUCCGACAUGAAGACCGAGGUCCGCCGGAAGGUGGCCCAGGCGCGGGCCGCAAUCGAGGCACGGCCGCGGAGCGCUCCGGUCCCGGUCAUCCUCACCGCCAUGCAGCAGCGGAUCUGCAACCUGCUGGGGGAGGCCACCAUCAUCAGCUUACCGGCCGGGGACCCGGAGGCGGAGGGCGGCCUGCCGGUGGCGGUGAGCGCCGCGACCACCGUGACCCUGGCGGAAGUUCCCCCUGAAACCACGUACCACGCCCUGGAGGACGGCGGCGUGGUGGAGUACUGCCGCCUCCGCCGUGGGAGACUCCGCCCCCACCAUGCUGGCGCCGUCGUUAGCCUCGCGGCGCCGCCGCAGGCCAAGCCGCAGGAGCUGAAGAGCCGCAUCGCCCUGAACUCGGCGCGCCUGCUGCAGGAGCAGCGCGUCACCAACGUCCACAUCCGCCAGAUCGCGCAGCACCUGGAGGGGCAGAACGAGCUGCUGCUGCAGGUGAUGCGGCGCUGCCAGGAGGCGCAGGCGCUGGCACAGGAGCGGCAGGCGCAGGCGCUGGAGGGGACGCAGGCCGCGCUGCUGGCGCUGGUCCAGAUGCUGCGGCCCGCGCUCAAAGACCUCAGGAAGUUCCUGCAGAGCGGGGCAGAGCCGGCGCCCGCGGCAACGGCGCCGGUCGCCGCCGCCGCCGCCGUUGCAGAAGAAGAACAGAGCCGUGUAAGAGCCCUGCUGCAGCGCCACAGCGACCCGACCCGCUGGAGGAGACACACUGACCCGAAUCUGGUUCUGAUCCGGUUCAGACCCGCUGGAGGAGACGCACUGACCCGAAUCUGGUUCUGAUCCGGUUCAGACCCGCUGAAGGAGACACACUGACCCGAAUCUGGUUCUGA